AUGGCAUCAGGAAACCUUCAAUGGGCAGCGCCUAAACCUUUGAAAUUAGACGGGAACGUCAGUGAAAACUUUCGCAAGUUUGAGGAGCACUGGACGCUCUUCGAGAAGACUGAGCUGAAAGGACGGUCUGAAGACGAAAGAUGCUCAUACUUUCUUCUAUGCAUUGGAGAGAAAGGCCGAGAAGUUCACAAGACCUUGAC